CACAGUUUCUCAUCUUGAUUUGGAGUUACUCGAAAGUUUACUGCCGUUUAUUUUAACAACCUGUCUGUAGAAACAUUUUAAAGAAAAGCUUCGUUUUUUGCCAAAGAACUGCCUUCCUAUCGUAAAACUAAUUGAAGACUGACCUUAACCACUGCCAAGGACCACGCUUUUGUUGGUUAAUAUUCAACUGCAAAAGCGCUUGCCGUGCCUCAGGAGCAAUUUGGAAAUGAGACUACACUAGCAGCCCAGACACACGGACAUGGGCUCGGGUACAAGCCGAGGAAAAAGAGUCGCACCUGCUUGUGUCAGCGAGGUAAACGUGACCAAAACGGGGACCGAUGUCGCUUCACCUCAAAAGGACAGCCGUCUGUUCAAGCCUCUUAAAAUUCACUCAGUUUUGCGCAAUGUGCGUAACCGCGCGCAACCUGACUGCCACAGCGAAGGGCAGGAUUCGGACUUUUCUGGGAAUGAGGAGGAUAUUGAUGGAGAACUGGACACAGUUAUGGCAGAUUACACAGAAAGAGAGAGCGCUUCGGUAAAGAAGACCCCUCCGAAGAAGACGUUCAUCAGAUCCAAAACAUACGGACUGUGUCAUUUCAGCCAGGAGGACGCUGAAGACGACUUCAGCUCUGCUCCGAGGCUCCGAGCGUCAGGAAGAGACCAAGAGCCACGUGUCGCACACAGUGUGUCAAGAGAUGUAAACAAGAAGGGCAACUCUGCCUUCGCACACGUUAAAAAGCACACAUCUGGGUGUACCACCGAGCACAAUUCCUCCUCACAGGGCUGUUUGACAACAGAGGCUUUGUCGGAAGACGUCCCCACAUCAGAACAACAACCGACGUUUGAUAGCUGCCAUGGCUCUUCUCUCACCACGCCAGUCAUCCUGUACGAUGGAUCAGAAGAGGAGCUGAUGGAUACCAUUGAAAGAGAGUUUAGUUGACCCUCCGAGCUAAGAAAGCUCUUUUAGCAAGCUCUCAUGACAGGAAACCGUUUGUAUUCAAAGAAAGGGAACCAGGGUUUAUUCUGACAAAUUUCCUGCUUGCUGGAAAGGCUGCACAAUCUAUAUUUAUGCAGGGUUGCCAGGAAAAAAAUAAUGAACACAGUCUGUGUUGAACUUAAAACAGCAUCACUCCCAGUCUGUGCAUUUAGCCAAGUCUUAUUUAACAAGAUGCAGCAGUAAUUGCAGAGUUAAAACACCAGCUUGAAUAUGUGCCAGGAAGUUCUCCUCACACUCACAAGGGUUGGGUUUCUGAAGCAGGUAGGGUGUUACUGUCCAGCUCGACUCCUACUGAGCACUCAUUUGCUACCUAUUACUAACAUGGUUUAACAUGUCUGUUUAAUGAGACAACACAGACCCUUUCUGCCAGUUCUGUAAAUGUCAGCAGGAGAGGUACAUGCUUGUGAUCUUUUAGCAGUAAAGAUGGACUUGUUUCCACCAGCGGUUUUGUGUGAGCAUAAAGUGUUCAGGGCUUAAGUUUCUCAUGUAGCAAACCCUGCCAAGGUAUGAGCAGAGAAUGUUUACCUAACAUUUCCUUCCUGACCGCAGCUCCUGCACUUUCUCCACCCUGCGAGAAUGUGGCUACAGAGAGACUUUUAGUUGGGCAAAGUCUGUUUCUGCUGACACAAUUCAGCCAUUGAAACACUUCAAAAUAAAAGCCUGCUGCCACUUAGUGGCAGAAUGCAGAAGUUGUGUGCAUGAAUACAAACGUGAAAUUUUAUCAAACUUUUUAGAGGAAAUUUCCAAUAUGAAAAUUUGGAAGCAGAGUUAAAAAAUUUUUGUGUGUGUUUGAAAUAAAAAAGCAGAAAAUGUCGA